CAGUCCCUUUUUUUUUUUCAUUCUUGUUUUUAUUUUUAUUCUAUAUAGUAUAAUUCUUUUGUCUUUGAGCUUUAACUUUCCCAAUUCAGCACCGCCAAAACCUCAGUUUGUAAUUAACUUCCAGUCUUCUUUAAUCAAAAUAUGAUUUUUAAUUGUUUUUAUAAUAUUUUGUAAGGGGUCCAAGUAAUUAUUAUGCCUGUGUCUGUGUACAGCUGCUGAUCUUUGUUGCUUUUGUUCCGAAAAACCCUAUGCCCACAAACCCAAUAAGUAAAAAGUCUUUGUUUUAAAGUUCUAAAACCUGGGUAUCUUCCAAUUUCAGUUUUUAACAACUGGGGUUGACCCAUAUUGGUUGAAAGUUGUAUUCUUUAGCUAAAACUCGAUUCUGUGCACAAUUCAUAUUCCCACAAAUGGGUCUGCUUUGAAAUUCAGAAUUGCUGUUUUGUGUGAAGUAGUACAUGCACCUUGAGCUUUGUAAGUUUGUAUAUCUUUUUCUUUGAUAACUCCUUAAAACCCUCCAUGAAGUGCUCAGUUUCUUGUUGUUUGAUUCAAUUAGCUCAGUCUUCAUAUUGACUGCUAUUGGAGUAUCUGUUUCAAUAACUUUCAUCUGCUGCAAGGUCAUAUUUGUUACUGAGUUGCCGAUUUAAGAAUCAUAUUCCUUGGUACCUGUUAACAUGCUUGAUUUAUAGGCAUCUAUGUCAAUCGUCUGUGGACUUCCCAUCCUUGAAUGUGUGUACUGUUUGGCCUGUGCUCGUUGGGUGUGGCAGAAAUGCCUUUAUACUGCAGGCCAUGAAAGUGAAAACUGGGGCCUAGCCACUGCUGAAGAAUUUGAGAAUGUGCCUCGCCUUUGUCGCCUAAUCUUAUUUGGCUAUGAAGAAGAUAUUUGUAACCCGCUUUGGGCUCCCCCUGGAGGCUAUGGAAUUAAUCCUGAUUGGGUAUUCUUACGUAAAGAUUAUGAAGAUACUUUAGGCCGUGUUACUCCUUAUAUGAUUUACCUUGACCACGAUAAUGCUGAUAUAAUCCUGGCAGUUAGGGGACUAAAUUUAGCUAAGGAAAGUGAUUAUGCUGUUUUGCUAGAUAACAAACUGGGGCAGACAAAAUUUGGUGGUGGGUAUGUCCACAAUGGCUUAUUAAAGGCAGCAGAGUGGGUUUUUGAUGCAGAGUGUGAGGUUUUGAGGGAAUUGGUUGAAAGGAAUCCAAAUUAUAGCCUGACAUUUACUGGUCAUUCCCUAGGAGCAGGGGUGGUAGCAUUGCUGACAUUGGUGGUAGUUCAGAAUCUGGGUAAAUUGGGAAAUAUUGAGAGAAAGAGGAUCAGAUGCUAUGCUGUAGCUCCUGCUCGGUGUAUGUCACUAAAUUUGGCUGUCAGAUAUGCAGAUAUUAUCAGUUCUGUUGUACUCCAGGACGAUUUCUUACCUCGGACAACCACUGCCCUGGAAGACGUAUUCAAAUCACUUAUCUGUUUGCCAUGUUUAUUGUGCCUAACGUGCUUGAAGGAUACAUGUACCCUGGAGGAGAAGAUGCUUAAAGAUCCAAGGCGGCUCUAUGCACCUGGUCGCCUCUAUCACAUUGUUGAGCGGAAGCCCUUAAGGUUAGGAAGAUUUCCGCCAGUUGUGAGGACGGCGGUACCUGUGGAUGGGAGGUUUGAUCACGUGGUUCUCUCUUGCAAUGCAACUUCUGACCAUGCUCUCAUUUGGGUAGAGAGAGAAUCACAAAGGGCUCUUGAUUUAAUGCGGGAGAAAGAUAAAAUUAUGGCAAUCCCAACAAAUCAGAGGAUGAAACGGCAGGAGUAUCUUGCCCGAGAACACAGCCAGGAAUACAAGGCAGCACUUCAGAGAGCCAUUGCUUUGGAUAUCCCUCAAGCAUUCUCACCUCAUACAUAUGGAACAUUUCAUGAAAUGGAAGGAGGUGAGAAUUCUGGCAAGUCAAGAGAGGAAAUCUUAUCCUUUAAUAGAAGAAGGGAAAGUUGGGAUGGAUUUGUGGGGCGUCUAUUUGAUGAGGAUGAUUCUGGUCAUAUGGUGUUCAAGAAGUCAUAAAAUGUUCUGAAGAAUUUUCAUACUGUAACUUAGCUUUACAAAAAUCAUUCUUUCAUUCAUAUCAACAAACCCUUUCGUAAGGGGUUCAUGAGUUAUGUUGGGUUACAAUCCAUACGGGGAUAUCUGAUAAGAGACUUGAAGGCUGUACAUGUUCGUCCCACUUUGAUCAAAUGUAAAAAGAUUUUUGUUUUUUAAUGUAAAUUUGGUCAUGAUUUUGUCAUUGCACUCUUUA